CCCUACCAACUCAAGCUCACCAGACCUGGAGGUGAGACGAGGCGGCUCACUUUCGCCGCCCAGCCUUCAUGGUUAGAAUUGGAGUCAAGGAUUGCAUCGCUCUUCAACAUACAAGAGGGAGCCGUGGCGGUCAGCUACGAAGACAACGAUGGUGACAUUGUCACAAUGAGUUCACGGGAGGAGCUGCAGGAUUACUUUCAGACAUCAUACAAGCACGGCCAGAUUGCCAAAUUCUCAGUAAUUGACAAGACUCAGAGCCAGCGCCCGGCACGUUCGGCUUUUGUCGAAGAUCUGGAUGAGCAACCUGACGACGGUUUGCCAACAAUGGGGCCAACGAUGUUCGUCGAGGUGGACGAUGGUGGCUGGCAGCACCUUCCGCGAGUUCGUGAGAUGUUCAGCGUACAUGAGGAGGACGGUCGCAAUGCAUCUGGAGAAGGGCACGCGUUCGUUGAAGUUGUGGAUAGCGAUGCAGAGGGCUUAAGGAAAGGCAGUGACCCUGCAUCUGGUGAACAUACACCCAAGAAUGGCAUUAAUACGCGUCAAUCCCGUUACAAGGGAAAACAGAGAGUUUCUGCGCACUCUGAAGCGACAAAGUCAACAUCUGCAACAUCCGUUGUUGAGAAUGACUUCCCGACAAAGCCGCCAGUUCACGUUUACGACGUUUCUGACAUAGGAAGAUCUCCUCGUAGUUCAGUUCAAGAUCGAGUGGAACAAUCAUCGCUUGGCGGUCCGGGCACUGAGAACUUCAUGGGUUCAUUUGGAACGGUGUAUCCGGUAAAUCCUCCACGUGAUGCUUUCAUGCACGUUCCUCGAGCGGGUGAGACGUAUAGUACAAGCGAGAACGAGCCGUUCCGUGGCUCGUCUUCUGUCGGUGCCGAUUCUCUCCAACCGGGGCAAAUUCCUUCUCUUGAUCUCGAAGAACCUCCGUUGGGUCCCAACGGAACUGGAGGAAGCCGUACUCCUACUCUCGGGCAGACACCAGAGCCUCAACCGUCAUUCGUCCGUGAUGUCGCAGACUUCGUUGAUAAUAUGACGAUUGCCUUUGUGGCUCACCCAGAACUCUCGGAGGGGAUCCGCAAUAUCGUUAGGAAUGCUGUGGGUGGUAGAUAUUGGAACGCAGAGCGUGAUAGAGUUACCGCUGUAGCAGAAAAUGUCAAAGCUGCUGCCGAAGACACCUCGGCUCGUAUAUCCCAAGUUGCUGGGGACAUGGCGAACAAUGCCGAAAGAGAUGCAGUUCGCAUGAUUUCUGAGGCUCUCGGAGGCGUAUUUAGGGUGAUAGGAGAAUUAAGCGGCGCUGAAGUUGGCAAUCAAUCUGCAAACGGUCCUGCUCCUCCUGUGACCAGACCACUUCCCCCGCAUCCGCCGCCUCCACCGCCUCCAAUGUUUCGUCCGCCAUGGCCACCAAUGCACCGUCAUCAUCAUCCGUUCUCUUUCCCAUUUGGGCCAGGUCAUCGUCAUGGAUUGCACGACGCCUGGAAUGACCGCCGUCGUGGCCGGGGAUCGCCUCAUCGCCCCUAUCCUGCACCAGGCCAGGAACUUAGUUAUCGUCUGCCCGAGCCGGGAACGCGUGGGAUGGACCCCUCUCACUUACCUUGGUCCGACCCGAUGGAUUAUGCUCAACGAGACAGCACAUGGGGACCGGGUGCAUAUGCACCAUAUUACUAUGGUGGUCCCGCCUACGACAAUGUCGAUACUGAGGCAACUCAACCAAAUAUACAUGAGACUAAAGCGCAACUCGAAGCUGCGAAGGCUAUUUACAAAUUUGAGAAAGACCGAUUCAGGCGAGAGAAAGAGGAGCGUCGGAAGCAGAGGCAUGAAAUUGCCGAAAGGAGAGCAGGACAGAAUCGCGGUCAGCGCCCCGAUGGUACUUCUCGGGAAGAAGAAAUUAUAGCCAGCAUUCCAUUUCACGACUCUGUGAGAGGAGGGCCGUCAAAGGGCAGGCAAACCGAGUCUCCCGCUAUCCCACCACAGACGUCUGGUGCUGUGCCUAGUGUAAAGUCUGCGACCCAUGUGCCUUCUGCCCAAGCAGCGCAGCGCACGUCUUCUCGCGAUUCUGUUAUGAGCAAUCCUAUACAUUACGCUGCUAGUCCUGUACCGCCUGUUCCUCCGGUCCCUGUUCCGAUAGAUAUAGUCUCGCCAGCGCCACCAGCACCUCCCAUACCGCCU